AUGCCAUAUCUCACUUUGAUUCAUUUCAAUGCAAUAUUUUUACUUUCAUCUUUUCAAAUUUCAGGUUCCGAACCAUCAACGUCUCAACAGCAGCCAACGUCUCAACAGCAGACAGAGUCCAUUACGCCUCGUAGACGUUAUGAAGUGCGUAAUGAUCGUAGACGUUAUACUCCUGAAGGAUCUGAAUAUCUCAGUCAGAGGUUAAGAAAUUUAAGACGUGCAAGCAGAAGAUCAAAUAGAAACCUCCUCCAAACUCUUGUGAAAAUUGCCCAGGAAUCUAACCUUGGAGAGGAUAAGUUAUGCUGGGAUAUGACUACUACCUAUGUUUGUAGUCCGACAUGUGUCGUGCAUGGCAAAACGCCAAGUAGGCAAGAAAUGAGAUAUGAAAAUCUGAGAAGAGCAUUUGUUCUGGAAAUGAGAAAACGCAGGGAAGAUAGAGCUAGAAGAGCCGAAGCCGCAAGAACAUUUGACGAGGACUGCGAUGAAAUAGAACGAAUGCUGGACAACCUGUCAAUCAAUUGCAACAUUGCUGGUAUAAUAAGUGAACUGAAUUCUUUCAAAUUUAGCGAAGAAUGAAAUUAUCUUCGCUAAACAUUGUCAAAGUCAGCUGUCCGGAAGAAUAGGAAGAUCGGUUGCUACACUGCAUUUAUCCUCCCUGUAGGCAGGGCCGCCGCCAGACAUUUUGGCGCCCCGGCAAAAUAAAAUUUCGGCGCCCUUCUUUAUAGGCAAUACUCAAUAAAAAAAAACCUAUUUUUGGAUAUUGUUAGAAUAUUGUAGGUUUGGUUUUGAAUGACCAAAGAGGAGAUAACUAACACUUAUCACGCAUUCACUAGACGUCCGGUAUGCCGGUCCUGGCCGCGGCCCUGCCUGUAGGCACCUCGUGCAUCUCAACAUUCCAAAUAUCUUGGAAUCUUGGAGAGGAUACAUAUAGAAUGGCCUCACUCGCAAGAAGAUUUCUCGAGGAGGUGGAUGAAGUAGAACGAAUGGUGGCCAACCAUCAAUCAAUCAGUAGCAACAUUGAUGGUAUAACAAGAAAACUGGAUUCUUUCAAAUUUAGCGAAGAAUGAAAUUAUCUUCGCUAAACAUUGUCAAAGUCACGAAAAAAAUUAUUGAGUUGAAAAGGUCUACUAUUAUUAUAUAUUAUAUUUAUUUGUAAAUAUUUCAUAUUUAGGUGCAAGGUUAUGUUCCCUAUAUUAUUAUGUGCUUGUGAUACUGUUAUGUAUGUGUAUUAUAAAUACAAACAAAACCUAGACUUUUUAUGUGUUUUCUUUUGUUAGGUAUAUUGUGAAACCUCACAGUAUCGAACGCAUUCUAAGAAACUGUGAUAAAAAAAGCUUUAAAAUAUGGUUAAGAAGGAAACAACAUAUCUGAAAACUGCAAUGCAAAAAAAACGCACAGUGAGAGAAACAUUGAAUAUAAUUCAGCUCAGCAUACAGGUACCUGAUUUUACAUCAAAAAAGGGGAAACAAUUACAAAAGAAGUCGAGGACAGGUUCAAGACUAUGAUAUGGUCGAAAACAAAAAAUUUUAUGCUCUGGCUUACGUUGAGGGUUCAUCUGAGCAGAUCAGAAGAACUAUUUUAUCGCUUGGUUCGAUCUGAUAACACCAACAGAAAGCUUCUCACAAAGGUGAAGAGUACGUACAACUCCAAAAGAAUGGUUGAGUAAUGUGGUCUACAAAAUUUGUUGCAAGGAUUGUCAGUCUUCAUAUACAGGGUGUUUCAAAUUAAGUCGGCACCAUUGCUAACUCCGUAAUUAUUGAUGCUACGAUGUCAGUUAAAUGGGCAAACUAGUAGCAUUUUUAGUGGUCUUUUCGAUGCCGAAAA